CAAACACUGGAACAUAUUAGACAACGUCUCUGUCCUGGAACCUUGAUUACUUCUAACAUACUAAGGUUAAAAGACAGUAUGUAUAAGUGGAGAGUGAGGUGUGAGUGAUGCAGUUCUGGAUCCACUCAGGCCAGUUCCAGGAAGUCAUCUUUGUUGGACUUGGGAAUCGUUUAAGUUACAAAACUUAAUGUUUUUAAAAGCAGUGGAUUGAUUAGUGAAGUGUUAUGUCUGGCGGGGGAUCUCCACGUUCACCUCCCAGCUGCAGUUCUGCGCCCACUCUUACCCAUGAAGGCUCUACACCCACGGCCACCGUCCAGCCCACCGUCAUCCAUAAUACCCAUGAGUCGCUACUCCAGUCAACAUCAUCCACAAGUUCCACAUUUGUGUCACCUGAAAAUCCAGAGUCACAGCUUGCAGAGAGCCAGAUUCUAGAGGCACCAGUAGCUAAGAGUCAGAUAAGAGCUGUUCAUUUCUUGGACCCGCAGAUUGCAAGUAGCAGCAGCAGCAGUGUGAUGGCUUGUGAGGGUGUGAGUGACCUGGAAAACUGGAACGAAGGUGAUCAACCCUGGUACACGUGCCUCUACUCUCCCGUCUCCCUGGAAAACACUCCCCCACACCAGCUGGUCGAGGGUGCCUGCUACACUCUACAGAACUCCCUCCACAUGUCACCUAAUACCUCCUACUUGGCACCAACUCUCCCACCUGGAAUGGUGCCUUCAUCUCCUGUGCCAGCGGGAAUGAUGAUGUCCCCGGGGAUGUCAUCGGGAAUGAUGCCCUCCUCCCCAGCAAUGCCAAUGGAUACGAUGACAUCCUCGCCAGCGGGAAUGAUGCCACAGUCCCCAGAUGGUGCAGCUAUACUUCUUGGUGCGUCUCAGUCGGUGCCAGCUGUUGUUUUUCCGCCACCUCCCGCCAUGUCCUCAUGUGAGUUCUUCGGGGCUAUGGAGACCAUAUCUCCCGCGUUGUUGACCAACUCCGCCUACCCGCUGGCCGGUCCUGGACCCCCGCAUCCUGAAGGUGGAGACCUGGAGGCCUUCCCUAUCAAGAUGGAAGAGAGGCAGGAGGAGGUGGGUGGUGGAGGAGUAAUGGACGAGCAAGCUGCCAUCUGGUCACUGAAAGUUGAACCUUGGGUCAGUCAGCAUCAACAUAGGUAUGUGACUGAGGAUAACACCUACUGGGUACCUGCUGGUUGGCCUGUGGGUACUGGGGGCAUGAUGGAGGACAGCCUAGCUUCUCCUGGAGGGGAAGACUCGGUCAGCUCGCCGACACAACAGGAGGAGGCUUCAACAUCGGCGAGUAAGCAGAGACCUGACUCGAAGAAGUGUGGAGUGUGUGGAGACAGAGCUCUGGGAUACAACUUCAAUGCUAUUACCUGCGAGUCUUGUAAGGCAUUCUUUAGAAGGAAUGCUAUUAAGAAUAAGGAUUUCCGGUGUCCAUUUGAAGACAGAUGUAACGUCACUCAGGUUACACGGAGAUUUUGCCAGAAAUGCCGCCUUAGGAAGUGCUUUGAAAUCGGCAUGAAGAAAGAAUGGAUAAUGACGGAGGAAGAAAAACAAAGGAAGAAGCAGAAAAUAGAGGAAAAUCGUGCCAGGAAGAUGGGAGAUGCGAUAUCUGAUGACGAAAAUGGCAAGUCUUCAAACCCCUUCAGUCCAUUUACUGCAGCGGGUGGCAGCGAGUGUAGCAAACCCCAGGCUGUUGUUGUGGGGGUGAUCAGGAGUGAUGAAGAUACCUUCUCUAAGGUGAUGCGGGUGGAGGGCCAGACGGAUGUUCACUCUCAAGACAGAAUGAUCAUACAGUCAACGGGGAUCGCUGCUCAGAGACUACCCCUAACAUCCUCAUUCAAUGCUGAUAAUGUAAACUACUCGGUUAACUAUGCAAAUUCUCCAUCACCGGAGCACCAAGGUGCGCCUCCGCCGUAUUCCACCGAGCAAGAGUAUUCCAGCGGAAGCUUGCUAUCCCCGUCGCCAGCACCAGUAUCCACGGAAAGACUUCAUAGUGAUGAAAUAUUGCAACCGUUUUCACCAGCCCUGACUGUAUGUGACCGAGGCACCAGUCUGACCUUCACUGACCCCAAAGAACAGAGCAACGACAACACCGACUCAACAGAGGUUGAGAGUCAGAAGGGCAAGGGGAAGAGUGCCCGUCAGAUACUCUACCAGCUGGGUCAGUUGUCACCCACCUCCCACCAUGUUCAAGGCAGCUUGGCGCAUGUUAUGGCCAUCAACAUUAAGAAGGAGGUUGAGUACCAGGAUGAUGUCCCACAGAGUCCACAACAACAACAACAACAGCAGCAGCAGCAGCAGCAUCAGCAGCAGGAACAGCCACAGCAGCAGCAGCAGCAGCAGCAGCAGGAACAGAAGAGUGAAUCACAUGUAGACCAUCAUCAUGAUGACACUUGGCAGAAUUUCAGCAUACACGAAGCUCUUGCCUUCCUCCAGCCAGGAUGCAAGUUGAACCUAGAUGCUACAGGGUUAACUAUGAUGGACUCGAUCAUGAACACUGCCAUCAGUGCCGAGUACAGUGCCUUCAGCUUACUGGCCAGCAACAACCCCAGGGAACUGAACGAGCCAGAGAAACUCAAAUUAAAUGAACUCUCUGAAGCUAACAAGGGACUCAUGGCCCCUCUCUGUGAAGACUACAACUUCAAGGAUCUCAGCAAUCCGUCGUUGAUCAACAUCAUCAACCUGACAGAAAUCGCCAUCCGCCGGCUCAUCAAGAUGUCGAAGAGGAUAUCGGCCUUUAAGAGCCUGUGCCAGGAAGACCAAAUUGCUCUGCUCAAGGGAGGCUGCACAGAGAUGAUGAUUCUACGCUCCGUCUGCGCUUACGACCCGGAUAAGGAUUCCUGGAUGAUCCAGCAAGAUCAUGAUAGAUUUAAAAAUAUCAAACUGAAGGUGUUGAAGGCUGCCCCAGGUAACGUGUACGAAGAACACAAGCGCUUCAUCCUGGCCUUCCAACCAGAGUGGCGUAGGGACCACAACAUUAUCUUCCUGCUCUCGGCCAUCACCCUCUUCAGCCCUGAACGACCCAACAUCUUGCAUGCUGAUGCCAUCAGACAUGAACAGUGUUCGUACUUGUAUCUACUGAAGCGUUAUCUGGAGUGCAAGUAUGGAGGGUGCGAGGGUCGCACGGUGUACCACCGGCUGCUAGAACGCGUCACCCACCUUCACAUUCUCAGUGAGAACCACAUCAGGGUCUUCCUGGAGGUGAACCCACAGGAAGUCGAACCACUUCUAAUUGAGAUCUUCGACCUGAAGCAGAGGUGACAGUCGUAGCAUAGGGUGUAACAGUCGUAGCAUUGGGUAUAACAGUCAUAGUAUUGGUUGUAACAGUCAUAGCAUUUUGCGUAACUGUCAUAGCAUUGGUUGUAACAGUCAUACCAUUUUGCAUAACUGUCAUAGCAUUGGGUGUAACAGUCAUAGCACUGGGUGUAACAAUGGCAUUAGGUUCCGGCAAGGUCUACAACAUAGUGUACAGUGUAAAAAUAUUGAUGUCAACUCUAUGCAGGGUUUUCUAACUAACUUUAACCAAAAUUUAUAUUUACUGAUUCUCAUUUCUCUGGGAAUUCCUAAGGAAGGUUCUGUAUUUGACUCUGAUUGGCAGUUGAUAUUGUAAGAUACAGUCAACUCUGUUAUAUGGCUCCUGUAUAUAGUGUGAUUGUUUUUUAUGAAUGCAGUUGAAAAAAUACAUCAAAAAUUGAAUAGGACAUUGAAAGGGCAUCAUAAAUGCUGUUCAUUCUUGUCUGCAGCUUUUUAGUAACAUUCAUCUACAUAGUUGAUGCUAUUUAAUUUUGUCUGCACCUAUUUAGUCACAAACAAAUCACAUUAUAUAGAGGCGCUAUAUAAUAGAGUUGACUGUAGACACACACACGUUGUUAAAGUACUUCUAAGACAUAGAUAUUAAGUACAAUAUUGUAUCACUGUAAGGCACUUUUGUGCUAAUAGAAAGGAGUUGUUUUUAACAAUUAAACUGUCCAAACGUAGAUCUACGUUCACGUGCGUAGCACUUCGACCUUAUUUUUUUUACAUUUGAAAGCAUGUAAAAAACAAAAACGUAAAUUUACGUUCGGAUCGUUGCGCACAGGAAUGUAGAUCUACGUUUGGACAGUUUAAGGGUUAACUAAUAUAAUCAAAGGCUAGAGUGUCUCUAGAGUGUUAGUGUUGCGGUUAUGUUUUUUAUUUAUGAAGAUAAUGUUUGAAGAGGUCACCAUGCAUUGCCAUUGUCUUGCCAGAUGAGUUUUUUUCUUUUUAACACACUGGCUGUCGCCCACCGAGGCAGCGUGAACCAAAAAAGAAACACUUUCACCAUCAUUUACUACACCACUGUCGUGCCAGAGGUAAUCUGAUACUACAGUUCAGAUGCCACUUCAGAUAAUUUCCUCAUUCAUCCUUCAAAGUACAGGCACUGUACUUCCCACCUCCAGUACUGUAACAUCCUCACUCAUCCUUCAGAGUACAGGCACUGUAUUUCCCGCAUUCAGUACUGUAACAUCCUCACUCAUCCUUCAGAGUACAGGCACUGUACUUCCCACAUUCAGUACUGUAACAUCCUCACUCAUCCUUCAGAGUACAGGCACUGUAUUUCCCACAUUCAGUACUGUAACAUCCUCACUGAUCCUUCAGAGUACAGGCACUGUACUUCCCACUUUCAGUACUAUAACAUUCUCACUGAUCCUUCAGAGUACAGGUAUUGUACUUCUCACCUCCAGAACUGUAACAUCCUCACUCAACCUUCAGAGUACAGGCACUGUAUUUCCCACAUUCAGUACUGUAACAUUCUCACUCAUCCUUCAGAGUACAGGUACUGUACUUCCCACCUCCAGCACUGUAACAUUCUCACUCAUCCUUCAGAGUGCAGGCACUGUACUUCCCACCUCCAGUACUGUAACAUUCUCACUCAUCCUUCAGAGUGCAGGCACUGUACUUCCCACCUCCAGUACUGUAACAUUCUCACUCAUCCUUCAGAGUGCAGGUACUGUACUUCCCACCUCCAGUACUGUAACAUCCUCACUCAUCCUUCAGAGUACAGGUACUGUACUUCCCACCUCCAGCACUGUAACAUUCUCACUCAUCCUUCAGAGUGCAGGCACUGUACUUCCCACCUCCAGUACUGUAACAUCCUCACUCAUCCUUCAGAGUACAGGUACUGUACUUCCCACCUCCAGCACUGUAACAUUCUCACUCAUCCUUCAGAGUGCAGGCACUGUACUUCCCACUUCCAGGACUCAAGUCCAGUUGACCAGUUGUCCUUAACCCUUCACAAAAUGUUACUGUGAAUAUAUUUAGCCUUUGACUCUGUCUAAUGAUUUAACAGUACUUUUGAAAGAACUUACGGCCUUACUGUAUGUAUCACACGACACAAGUCUCAGAGAGAUUGGCCGACUUAAAAAAAAAAAAUAAUAAUAAUAAUAAUAAUAAUAAAAGCCAAAACAAAUGUUACGCAAAACGCUGAGCAACACCUGUUUAAAGUCAUUUAAAUCUUGUAAGUAUUAUAAAUAACAUUAUUUGUUAUUUAUUUGUAUAUGUUGUGUUAUACUCUCUCCAGGUAUACUCAGUUUUAUUCUCUUCAAUAUUUUAAACUUCAGAGUACAGUGGACCCCCGGUUAACAAUAUUUUUUCACUCCAGAAGUAUGUUCAGGUGCCAGUACUGACCGAAUUUGUUCCCAUAAGAAAUAUUGUGAAGUAGAUUAGUCCAUUUCAGACCCCCAAACAUACACGUACAAACGCACUUACAUAAAUACACUUACAUAAUUGGUCGCAUUCGGAGGUGAUCGUUAUGCGGGGGUCCACUGUAUAUUUAAAAGAAUUUUUUGGUACAUGUUUAAAUGGACUGUAUGCUAAAAAAAUUUGUGUGGUGAAAUUUACUGUGUCAAAAAUAACUCACCAAUUGAUUUAACGAAUGUUAUUUUUAUGUUAAAUUCAUAACUUUAACAUAAAUAACACUGAGACAGUUGCACUUGCGACUUUAAUUUUUUCUAUUUUGUUAACUUAUGAUAUUUAAGUCUUUAAUUCCGUUGAUGAGUUUAGAGAGUUCUUCUACUCUCAGGGUCUGGCCAUGGGUCAGGCUGGUCUGGUGCUACCCUGGUCAACCAGGCUGUUGCUGCUGGUGGUCCACUGUCCCAUAUAUCCAUCACAGCCUGGGUGAUCUGUUAACCCGCUAACUGUCCAAACGUAGAUAUACAGUUUCACACGUAGCACUCCGACCUUGAUUUUCUCCAUAAGAAAGCAUGUUAAAAAAAUGUAGAUCUACGUUCGAAGCGCUACACGAGUGAACGUAGAUCUACGUUCGGAGCGCUACACGAGUGAACGUAGAUCUAUGUUCGGAACGCUACAUGAGUGAACGUAGAUCUAUGUUCGGAGCGCUACACGAGUGAACGUAGACCUAUGUUCGGAGCGCUACACGAGUGAACGUAGAUCUACGUUCGGAGCGCUACACGAGUGAACGUAGACCUACGUUCGGAGCGCUACACGAGUGAACGUAGAUCUACGUUCGGAGCGCUACACGAGUGAACGUAGAUCUUCGUUCGGAGCGCUACAUGAGUGAACAUAGAUCUACAUUUGGACAAUUAACGGGUUAAUAAUUAUCUUUAAUAUUAAGUCUCAGUAGCUUAUAAAAUGAACCACCAAUUAGUUUUGAAAAACAUCAGUAAGAUGAAUAAGACUCAGAUGCAAUACUCAGAUAUCUUUAUUUCUAAAAUAUAAGGUAAAAGAUAAAUGUAGAUACUCUGUGGGGAAGCGGAAAAGAAUUCUUCUUCCAUAAGUCACGCGUGUCGUAAGAAGCGACUAAAAUGCCAGGAACAAGAUGCUAGUAACUCCUGUAUAAAUUACCAGAUUUAAAAAAUCCAAUAUAUAAAAAAAAAAAUUGGUUAUAAAUGACCAUAAUUUUUAAAGGGGUGGACCGGUAAGCCAGCGGAAGGCCUCGGUCAGAUGACCAAAAGCUCCAAAGGCGGGUCAUCAUCUGACUAAGACCCGCGUCAGGAAACAUUUGUCCUGUUUCCUGACGAACCUUACCUAACCUAACCUAACCAGAUUUAAAAAGAAAAACUUUUGUUUUUUUUAUUUUUAGGUUACCGUACCUUGGUGGGAUACGGCCGAUUCGUUAAAAAAAAAUGUAGAUAUGGCUGGCAGUGCAAACAUAGAUCUAUGUUCGGAGCGCUAGCAGUGCAAAUAUUGAUCUAUGUUCAGAGCGCUAGCAAUGCAAACUAGUUAAUGGUUCAAGUUGGACCAAAAUGUCAUCACAAAUUGCGUGCCCCUACGUGCAGGUUGUGUAUUGUUCCAGUCACGGUAUUGUGACUUUCUGUUCUCUGCUUCUCCCUUUCUUCCACUGGCUUCAGUAUAAGUUGCCUCUGUAUUUGACUUAACCCUUAAACUGUCCAAACAUAGAUCUACGUUUGCGCGCGUAGUGCUCCGACGUUGAUUUUCUCCCUAAGAAAGAAUGUAAAGAAAAUGUGGAUCUACGUUUGGAGCGCUUCACGAGCAAACAUAGAUCUAUGUUUGGACAGUUAGAGGGUUAAUACGUCUGCUGUGCAGGCAGAAUGUGUUAGCAGUAAAGAUACUUGGGUGUUGCAUCUGUGUCUUGUUCACCAAAUUACAACAGGAAAAAUAUAGUAGAGAGGUAAAAACACUUAUAUGCGAUAUAUCAGUCAUAUGUAACACUACUCUGAGGAAGUGUGUGUGUGUGUGUGUACUCACCUCUUUGUGGUUGUGAAGAAUAUAAAGGCACACUGCUGUGACUGGAAUAAUAUGCAAGUAACCCGCACAUAAGACAGUGAUGCUUAUGGCAACGUUUCACUCCCACUUGUAACUAGUUGAUGGUCUAAAUCGUACCAAAACGUCAUCAUAAGUUUCACUCUCCUGUAUUUGUGGCUGUAUUAAUGUUGGUAGAAUUACCGACAAUAUGUUAGGUAAAAGGGCAUAAGUGCAACUAAUGGGAUAAUUUAUUGUGGCAGCAUUUCUCUCCAGGAGCUUUGUUAAACCGUUAUGGCUUGACAAAGCUCCUGGAGAGUGAAAUGUUGCCGCAGUAAAAUGUGGCAUUAGUUGCACUUGUAUCCUUAUACCUAACGUGUAUUUGUGGUUGUAGGGGUCAACUCAGAUCGUGGCCGUGCCUCUUAACCUGCCACUCUUCGAACUUCCUCUUAGCCUCGUUUGUGUACAUACAUUAGUGUUGCCAAGUAGGUGGACUAUUUUUGAAAGGUGUAAUAACUGAGGUAUUUACCACUGUGACUGGUACAACUCCUCCCCCAUUCCCCUCCUUCCCCACCCAUUGUAUAUAAAUCUUCCUCACCCCCUUAAUGUAUAUAAAUAAGUUACUGAUGGUCCAGUGUACCUCACAUGUGUCAUAUUUUAUAAAACAUUUAUAUUAGCAGUUAUAAAAAAUAAAUUUGUUAUAAUGCUCUGGGAA